AUGGUUGCGGAGAUACCGGGUGAUGAAGUCGAGGACGCCGUCUUUCAAGCAGGCGACUUCAUUUUGAGCCUCGAGAAACCCGAGCGCUGCAACCCGUCGAGAAAUCCGCUGAGUUAUAAAGCAAUCGCGUGUCUUUCCGAGGUCCUCUACUCUGGGUGGAACCACCAGAAGGGGAAGCGGGGUCUAGGUGAGCGCGGGGAGGAACGAUGGCACGUCACUUGCUUUGAAUCUCUGUGCCGUGAGAUUCGGAAGCGCGAAUUGCUCAUCAAUCCUGGGGAUGGUAUACCAUCGUGGGCACCUGCCAUGGAAUUUGGCCACCACAUCAUCACGGAUGAGCGACGCAUACCCGCCUAUCCUGGCAAAUUCAACGUCGACUCUCCCUACCAAUUCGGCCUUGAGUUGUGGAAAGCGACGCAGCUCUUCGAUGACCGACAAGCACACGGAGCGCAUUUCAUGCCGACUGUUCCACCGCACAUCCAGCUGCCCGAGAAGCUCAUCGACGGACGCGAUGGACAGAGUCUCUACCUCACCAAUGCGGCAAGGAAUUUCAGAGGAGAAAUGCCUUGGGGCGAGAUCGCUGAGAUCUCGGCGGCGGAUGUACGAGGGGUCACACUGUAUGAGAUGACGCGGAGGGUCUCGGCGAUGAUGAGGCCGAAGUACCAGGCAAGGAGAGCGUCAGAGAAGCAGGAGGAGUUGGCUAGAAAGGCCCGGGAAGAGAUAGCAGCUACGGCCGCAAGCCCCAACCAGGACGACAUUCUCGCUGCUGGUGAGAAAGGGGACGAGGCUCUCACGCCCGCAGAGCACAACUCUAAUGCUUCUACGAGCGAUACCGAAGCCGUGCUCACGCCGAUGAACAGGUCUGCUACCCCAGAAACAGCCUCUGUCACCGCUGCCGCCAUGAACAAAGAUGACGUUGCUGAGAGUAGUGACAGAGCCUUUGACGUCUCAGAGAUCAACAAACCUACUCCUGACGCCUCCAUCAACGACGGGAAGCUCCUCUUCGUGCCCGGGAAAGAAGGGUAUACUACCUCCCAAGCGGUGCGAGCGAUGGGUAAAACCACCCAUGACAUCGCCACCACGAGCGAGAACAAAACCAAUAACCGUAUGCCGUCCCAGCCAACCUCGCCCAAACAAAACAUCGUUGUCCCCACAGAAGUGGCUACUUCCCUCGCAAAGCCAGCUCCUAGCGCAUCAAACCCUUCCCGCAUAAGUCCCAAGCGCAAUGGACAGGGCAAUUCGGCAGCCCAAAAGGCGGCGACUGCCCCCGAGAAGGAGGCAACUGCAGAGGAUGCAGGUGGCUCCAGUGAAGACGAUGUGGUCUUUUUGGGCUGGAAUAAGGUCGCGAAGGCGGCGAAGGAGCCUCUAGAAGAAACGCUCAAAGGGAAAGGUACCGUCGGACGAGAGACACGGAGGUCGCUGAGAGGUGGGCGGGGGAGGUGGAGGUAUAGGUAUGGCAAUUGA